UGCGCAGUUCUAUGACAGUCGCACUACAGGCGCGAUGGACGCGGGUCGCACGGCUUUCCUCCGCGUGAAGCGUAAGCGCUGCGAAGAACCCGUGGAGGCGUUGGUCCUCGCUUGUAAACGCUUCCGAAGCAACGAAGAGCAGUCGCCAGCUUCCAAGGAUCUGGAGGUAGCAGCGGAGAAAAAUGUCUUCCAGUUAGUGGCCACCGUGUGCUCAAAGGAAGAGCCAGUCCAGCCGCUCCUCCGAGCCGCCCGACGCCCUUCCCAGGGCAGCCAGCAGCGUAUCCUCAGUGCUCUCCGCGCGUCGGCCCGAAACACCCGGCAGAAGAGCCGCUACAGGGUGGUCUCCAGCCACCGGCCACUGGGGGCGACCGCCGCGGGUGACCUCGAGCCCGAGGCAGCUCCGGGAGACCCAGGAACCGCCGCCGACAACGCCUUCCAGCUAUUUGAGCUGGUCCGCGAGGAGGAAGACCCAGAGGCCGACAAAACAUCUGACCCAGAUGUGAUCCUCUGCAAUUCUGUGGAAUUGAUACGCGAACGGCUGAAUGUAUCCGAGGAUAGACAAAGAGCUGAGCACCAGGAGAAACACAAAGAUGACUACGUUUAUGAUAUUUACUACUUGGAGAUGACUACUCCAGGGUGGAUUGAGAACAUCCUCUCUGUGCAGCCUUACUGUCAGGAAUGGGAGCUGGUGAAUGAUGACCAGCAACCAGAGGACGACAUUUAUGAUGAUGAAGAUGAUGAGAACAAUGAGAAUAAUUGGCGAAAUGAAUACCCAGAAGAGGAGCAGAACAGUGAAGAUGAUAUAUCCAGAGACUCUGAAUACAGCAGUUUCAGUGAAGAGGAAGGAGGCAGUAGCAGACGACAGAGAUGGAGCAGCAAAUACCCUUUCGAUACACAAAAGGAGUUUGACUAUGACUGUCCCCAUGACCUGGAUUCAGACUGAUGGCCCUGGCUCUGUGUUACCAUGACAUUCUAUGGUUCUACCAUAUGCCCUGAGGGCUCUGACCACAUCAGUUCCCCCUGUAACAUCUUCACUCAUCACACGGGAAAAAUAUGUCAAAUAGUAUCAUCCAACUACACUGAAAGCCUGUGCUGGGGGGGGGGGGAUAUAUAAUAAGGGGCCUCUUUGAUGUGUUUAGAAGUGUUCUGGGCUAGGGAGAUGACUUAGCAGUACAGUAUGUGCCUUACAUGAUUGAGGCCAUGGGUUUGAUCCCCAACACUACUUUUUUAAAAAGUGACCUAUAGUAUGAGUGUUGGGUGUGGCUACAUAAAAAUGGAAUUUCCUGACCCAGGUUAUCUUCUUCAUUCUUUUAUACACUAUCAGUAAGAAGAUGGCCUUGUUUCAUUAUGAGGAAAACCUAGUCGGGUUAAGGAGAUGACACUUGGAGUGGCACAGGCUGGGUGUAAUGGCCACAGGAAUAGAAGCUAGAGCUAUGAGAGAUCUUAAUAAACAGUUAUCUGUACCUCCCUGCCUCCUGAUUUUAAAGAUUCCUGUUUUUCUUUGGCAGUAUUGCCAAAGAAUAUAGCAUGUAUAAAUGUGAUGCUCUAUUUGUUUAAUGAAAACUAAUUUUUUAACACA